GCUCACCCAAAAAAAUUAUAGGUCGCCGAGGUAUUUUUGGUUUUGGUGCGUGUUUAUACAUCUCUAGCAACCACUUCUCUUCAAUUUUGUACCACGAAACAACCCACAAUGGCGGCUGCUUCUCUCUCCCUCACCGUGAACCCCGCCUUCACCACCACUCCCAAACCUAAACUUGUGACCUCCUUGUCUCACUCCAUCAAGCUCGUCUCCACCUGCACGACGCCCUCAAGGUUCCCCCCUCUCAUUUCCCAGCCGCCAUCGCUUUCCACCCGUCUUGCCUCUGCUUUCACCACAAGAGCCGCAGCCUCCACCUCUUCUUCAACCACCACCACCAACACUUUCCACGGUCUCUGCUAUGUGGUCGGCGACAACAUCGAUACCGAUCAGAUCAUCCCCGCUGAGUACCUCACCCUCGUCCCCUCCAAACCUGACGAGUACGAGAAACUUGGAUCCUAUGCUCUCAUCGGGCUUCCAUCCUCCUACGAAAAGAGAUUUAUUGAGCCCAAUGAGAUCAAGACCAAGUACUCGAUCGUAAUCGGAGGUGACAAUUUCGGGUGUGGGUCAUCGCGUGAACACGCACCGGUUGCACUUGGCGCUGCGGGGGCUAAGGCGGUGGUGGCAGAAUCUUAUGCAAGGAUAUUCUUCAGGAAUUCGGUUGCUACCGGAGAGAUAUAUCCGCUGGAAUCAGAGGUGAGGAUCUGCGAGGAGUGCAGGACUGGUGACGUUAUAACAAUUGAAUUGGGGGAGUCUAGGUUGAUAAAUCACACCACAGGGAAGGAGUACAAAUUGAAGCCCAUUGGAGACGCCGGGCCUGUGAUCGAGGCCGGAGGGAUUUUUGCCUAUGCUCGUCAGACUGGUAUGAUCCCCACCGAGCAGGCUGCUUAGGAUUCUGAAGGGUUUGAUUACAGCAAGCAUGCAUGCAGAUUUCAUAGACUAGUGAUAGUGGGAGUUGGUGUUAGUUAUGCUUUCAAAUUUCUAUGAUUAAUCUUCAUCUUGUGGUUGCUUAUGUAUUAGAAGAAUCCUUGGAUACCGAUGUUCAAAUUGUUGGCUGAAAUGCAAGCCGUCUUGUCAUAUCUUUUUGCCCAGUUAAUUAACCUGCCGUUGCAUUGGAUCAUGUUGGUUAUCGAGAGAUGCCAUGGUGAACAGUCCUAUUGUGUGUGUUUAUGUUUGCUUCAUGCUGGUUUUAGGCUGUGUACUUCUUGAACUUGUAACUCAUGCUAGUUAUGUUGGAAUAAAACUAUGCUUCUCAUUAUUUAGUCUUACUAU